AUGUCCUCUCAAUCGCUGCCUAACGGCACGGCCAAGGCUGAAAUGCGGCCUUCCGGCAAGAAGAACAGGAAACUGCGCAAAAAGGCCGCCCGGCCACAGCCGAUUAUGAAAUACGCCUGGCUGGCCGGCCAUGUCAGCACGUUGCUCUUCGGGCUCAUCUUCCUUAGGUACUACGUUGUCCACAAGCAACACCAGUCGUGGGUGGCCUUUGUCGGCUACAGACUUGCAAAACUUCCAGUACCUCGUUCUGUCUGUGCACUGGUUCUUCGGAUGGUCGUCUUUCUUCAAGCUGCUGCCGUAUCUUCUGAUUGCGACGCUACAGCUGUCCAGCCACUUCCAGAUCAGGCCGUUGCUCAAACUGGAGCCGGUUUUCAAGAAAAUCAUCGUCUACAACGAAUUGUUCCUGUUUGUGCUGCUUGCGUUCGAUACGCUGUGCAUGAGAGGCAACUCCGGCUUCGGCCUCGUCAGCUACGCGAUGUUCUACUGGCUCAGGCUGCUGCACAGCGAGGACAACAGGUUCUUCGUCUACUCGGUGAUCAGCAAACUGGACACGUUCAUGUCGAAGCAGAAGAACCCAACCAUCGUGGAGCUCUGGAGCGAGGUCAAGAAGUUUUUGAGCGUCAAACAGAGCAAGUUCGAGUCCCAGUACUUGGCCGAGUAACUACAUGUAACUACAUAGAUGAGACACAAGACAUCCGUCAGAAACUUGAGCUUUGGUAA